GAAGUUCCUGAUGCAGGCAGAGGCUGAGGACAAGCUGAGCAGCAGCCUGGGUUUCUCUUCUUCCCCUGCAUCGGACAGCAAAUUUAAACAUACCCAUUAUAGCAAUGACGAUGUCAUUGUUAGCAGUUCAUCUUCUUGGCUGUCUAAAGAUGCCUGAUGACCAGAGGUGAAGUCUGAAGCUGCAAAUAGUCAAAAAUGUCUCAAGAUCGCUGUGAAGGAAGACAUCUAAGAUGUCUUCCAAUAAUGAGCCUGUUGCAAUCCCAAUAAUAGAAAGAAAUCCCAAUGACCUUCUUGGAAUGGACACCAGUGACCUGAACACAUUGACUGGAGAGGCUGUGUUAAGUUUUCAUAACAUCAGCUACCAAGAAACAGUACAGCGUUGCUUUCAGUUUUAUAAAAAAACAAGUGUGAUAGAAAGACUAUCAAAUAUCAGUGGGAUCAUGAAACCUGGCCUCAAUGUAAUUAUGGGACCACAAGAUGGGAGUAGAUCUUUGUUAUUAAAUGUCUUAGCCGCAAGGACAGAUCCACGUGGAUUAUCGGGAGAUAUUUUUAUCAAUGGAAAACCUCGACCUGCUAAUUUCACAUGUACUUCUGGUUAUGUGCCACAGAAUGAUAUUGCGAUGUUCACCGUGACUGUGAGAGAAAACGUAGAGUUCUCAGCUGCUCUUCGACUGCCAAUGACUAUGGCAAGAGAUGAAAAAAGAAGGCGGAUUAAUGAGGUCCUUGAACUUCUGCAUCUGGAUAAAGUGUCAAAUGUCAAGCCUAGAUCUAAAGAGCUCAGGAAAAGGACCAGUAUAGCGAUGGAGCUGGUUGCCGAGCAUCCCAUUUUGUUCUUGGAUGACCCCACCACUGGCUUAGACUUGAGCACUACUACUGAUGUCAUCUCCAUCCUGAGAAGGAUGUCUAUGAGGGGACGGACAAUCAUCUUCUCCAUUUAUCGGCCCCCGUACUCCAUCUUCAGACUGUUUGACAGGCUCACCUUAGUGGCCUCGGGAAAAGUCAUGUUUCACGGGCCUGCGCAGGAGGCUUUGGAGUACUUCAAAUCCGCAGGUUACAACUAUGAUUCCCACAACAACCCCGCAGACUUCUUCCUGGACAUCAUUGAUGGAGGUUUCUCUGCUCUAUUCCACUCAGAGGAAGAUGGCCAUGAAGCUGGUGAACAUGAAGAGCUUUCUGAGAGACAGCACGAAGUCAUAGAAGAAUUAGUCAAUAUGUAUGCCCAGUCCUCCUUAUACAGAAAAAUGAAAACUGAACUGGACUCAUUCUUGGGGGAACGGAAGGCAGGGAGGAGCUCAGCCUUGGAGAUCAUGUGUGUCACCCCUUUCUGGCAUCAGCUCAGGUGGAUUUUUCGUCGUUCAUUCAAAAAUUGCCUAGGUUUUCCACGGGUCACUGGGAUCCAGGCAAUUGUCACAGCCCUAGUGGCUGUCAUUGUGGGUACUGUAUUUCUUGUCCUACAGAAUGAUUGUACUGCAAUCCAGAGAAGAGCUGCCUUGCUCUUCUUGCUCACAAGCUUUGAAUGUAUCACAGGCAUGACUACAGGGGAGCUCUUUGUGAUUGACAGUGAUCGCUUUAUACAUGAGCACAUCAGUGGAUACUACAGAGUGUCUUCAUAUUUCCUUGGAAAAUUGCUGGCUGAGCUGGUACCCAGGAGGUUAUUCCCAAGUAUUAUAUUUACUGUUAUAGUAUUCAGCAUAGCAGGAAUAAAAACAGAUGUGAAGGGUUUCUUCACUAUGAUAUUUACUGUCAUGAUGCUGGCUUAUUCUGCCAGUUCUCUGCCACUGUCUAUAGGAGCAGGAGAGAAUGCAGCAGCUAUACCAACACAAUUUAUAACCAUAUAUUUUGUGUUCACUAUGUAUAUCACAGGUCUAUCACUACAUCCAGAAGACUUUCUACCUGAGAUCUCAUGGAUUCAGCACUUUAGCAUUCCUCAUUAUGGGUUUACAGCUUUGCUGCACAAUGAUCUCCUGGGACAAAACUUCUGUCCAGAACACAAAACAGCAGAAAUCAGUAGAUGUCACAACUUAGUAAUAUGUACUGGUGAAGAAUUCUUGACAAUCCAGGGGAUUGAUCUCUCAUCAUGGGGAUUCUGGGAGAAUCAUGUGGCCUUAGUUUGUAUAAUGAUUAUCCUCUUAUCUAUUACCUAUGUACAAUUAUUAGCUUUUACCAAAAAAAGACAUUUUUAAGUCACUCUUCCACUUUCUUUGAGUUAAACUGAUAUUAAAAAAACUAAAACUUUA